AUGUCGAAAGUUGUGAGUAACAAGGAGAAAAAAUCCUUCAGCAAAAAGCUGUUCCGGAGGAGCUCGGUGCGCUCCGUGGGAAGCUUUAUGAGCAGAGUUCUCCGGACUCUCUCGACUCUGUCUCAUUUUGGCACCGACGAGCAGGCCGCCGAGGAUGAGACCGACGAGGCAACUUUGCUCCCCAACACUACUGGGGGAUCACUCCCGUCGGAUGACAGCGACUGCGGGGGUUUCCCCUUCGGGGACAAGGUGCCUGGUGUCGCCGGGCUCAAGAACCACGGCAACACCUGCUUCAUGAACGCUAUCUUGCAGUGCCUGAGCAACACGGAGCUCUUUGCUGAGUACCUUGCUUUGGAGCAGUUCAAAGGUGGAGAGACGACAGGCAACAACGACAAGGCCAAGUCCAACGGGGUGCUGGUGCAGAAGAAGGGGGGAGGCCAGCAGCAGCCGGAGACAGGGGAGGUAACCGAGCAGCUGUCCGGACUGGUUCGGGCUCUGUGGACCUUCGAGUAUACACCUCAGCAUAGCAGAGACUUUAAGAAUGUGGUGUCAAAGAGUGCCCUUCAAUUCAAGGGCAACUCCCAGCACGAUGCCCAAGAAUUCCUCCUCUGGUUGCUUGAUAGAGUUCAUGAAGACCUCAACCAAAUCGUCCCCCUGGACAGCAGACUCCCCAGGAAGCCUCCAGUAGAAGAAGAAACUGUCCCUGAAGGAUCUCCACUACCAGCACCUGGCUCUUUUGUACAGGAGCUGUUUCAGGCACAAUACAGAUCCUCCCUGACUUGCCCUCACUGCCAGAAACAGAGCAACACCUUUGAUCCUUUCCUCUGCAUCUCACUGCCAAUCCCGGUACCUCACACAAGGCCCCUGUAUGUGACAGUGGUGUAUCAAGGAAAGUGCUCCCACUGUAUGAGAGUCGGGGUGGCGGUGCCCCUCUCUGGCACCGUGUCCAGGUUGAGACAAGCUGUGGCCCAAGAGACCAAAAUACCUGCCCAACAGAUUGUUCUCACUGAAAUGUACUACGAUGGCUUUCAUCGCUCCUUCUGCGACGAUGACGACGACCUCGAGAUCAUUCAGGAGAGUGACUCCAUCUUUGCCUUCGAGACACCCGAGCUGUUCAGACCGGAGCAGAUCCGCUCCAAGCGAUGCGGAAGCCCACAUGCCAAUCUCAAUCAGAACAACUUGAAGUAUGGGACAGAUAAUAACAGGAUGUCCACACAAAUACAAGAGCCUACAACACCACCUCAGAGUCCCAAUAAGAACAGCGGGCAGGCUGAGAAGAUCGUCCUGCUGGUGUGCAACAGAGCCUGCGCUGGACAGCAAGGACGCAGGUUCGGUAAUCCAUUUAUUCUAUAUUUGGAGCGUACAGUGACCUGGGAUGUACUACAGAAAGAGAUUUUGGAGAAAAUGAGGCAUCUUCUGCGCCCUGGAGUCUUUGUACAGGUGGGGCCCUUCACUUUGCGUGUGGUAGGAGUGGUUGGAAUCACAUAUCUCUUGCCUCAGGAGGAGCAGCCGCUCUGCCAUCCCUCUGUGGAGAGAGCAUACAAGUCCUGUGGUCCCGGAGGACCCCCUCAUGUCAAAAUCGUUGUUGAGUGGGACAAGGAGACGAAAGACUAUCUGUUCAAAAGAACUGAGGACGAGUACAUCCCCGAUGCUGAAAGUGUGCGGCAAGUGAAGGAGCAGCAUCUGCAGCCUCAGACCUGCACACUCGCCCAGUGCUUUCAACUCUACACCAAAGAGGAACAGCUUGCUCCUGAUGAUGCAUGGCGCUGUCCACACUGUAAGCAGCUUCAACAGGGCAGCAUCAAACUCAGCCUGUGGACCCUGCCAGACAUCCUCAUACUUCACCUGAAACGCUUCAGACAGGACGGGGAUCGACGAAUGAAAAUGCAGAACAUGGUGAAGUUCCCGCUUACAGGCAUGGACAUGGCACCUCAUAUGGUAAAGAGAAGCCAGAGCAGCUGGAGUCUGCCCUCCCACUGGUCGCCAUGGAGACGGCCAUACGGGAUGGGCCGUGAUCCAGAGGACUACCUUUAUGACCUGUAUGCGGUGUGUAACCAUCAUGGGACCAUGCAGGGAGGACAUUACACAGCUCACUGUAAGAACUCCAUUGAUGGGCAGUGGUACUGCUUUGAUGAUAGCGAUGUUCAUCCCAUGUCUGAAGAUGAGGUCUGCAAGCAGACGGCUUACAUCUUGUUUUAUCAACGACGUGCAACUAUCCCGUCCUGGUCUGCCAACAGUUCUGUGGGAGGUUCCACCAGUUCCUCUUUGUGUGAGCACUGGAUUAGUCGGCUAAUAGGAAGUCGUCCACCUAGCCAAGCCUCGUCCGGGUCCUCCAGACGCACCUCGCUGGCCUCUCUUUCCGAGUCUGCUGAGUUUGCUGGUGAACGGAGUGAAGAUGAUGGCUUAUCUUCCAGACCAGCAGUGAGAGGCAUGCAAAGGCAAACGUUCUCCUCAAGAUCUUCCAUCGCAAGUCCCUUAGCGCUGAAUGAAAACGGUACUAAACCAUCCUGGCCCCACUCUGCUAAGCUCCAGCUUCGUUCCAACUCUCCCUCACGCUUCUCCCUCGAGUCCCACUCCUCCUCCCCAGUACUGGAAAGGAUAGGAGAGGUGGUUGAUACCAAGUUGUCUCCCUCCUGCUUCACUGGGUCACCGAAGUUAGCUAAACUGUCAGGGGGCAAGUCGGCCAUUGGUGCUUUGGAGAGUAACGGAGGUGCUAAAAGGCUGAUAGAGCAGGUGCACUCGAAAGCUGUGCUGCAGGCAGAUCAGAGGAGCUCCAUCCAGGCAGGAGAUAACAACAAUUUACUGGCUGGGGCUGAACAGGUCAGUCCGAGACAUGGUGCAGCUGCAAAGGAGGUGAAACCAAGGACUGCGUCCGUGGACAGCAGCGGUGUCAAAAGGUCCUCAGCCAAGACUGGGCUGGAGAGUGAAAAGAGCCCCAAGAAGCGCGCUGCCACCUCCUCGACGUCAUCCAGCUCUCUCUCGCCCGCAUCUCCGGCCAUUGAUAAGUCGCUGUCUCGAACACAAUCCAAGAGCGCAGUGGCAGCAUCAACGCCAAAAGACAAAAGCGACGGAAGCGCUAAAAUUAGCAAGGGCGGCUCCUCCAGAACAGCAACCCCCUCUAAAAAAGGAUCAUCCCAAACUGCGGAGGUAUUACAUCCUGAGUUGGCCGCGCAGAGAAAGAGUGGAUCUCCCGGAUUACAAAACUCACACCCUCAGAGAAGGACAUCGCCCAGAGGGGUUAGUGAGAAAAGCUCAGCUUCAGGAAGGAACAGAGCAGCAGACAGGAGCACUAGCCGCGAAUCGUCACGGACCAAUACGGCGUCAGAGAAGAAAGUUAGCCAUGGAGGUCCUCCCUCCAGGCUGAGCGCUGCUAGUAGAGCUGAGGGCAGGCCAGGCAAAGCUAUGGAAGACAGAGCGGCAGCCCGGAGCUCAAGCAGUAGCUCCUCCAUUACUAGUCUCAGAUCCUCAAGUGUAGGUGUUUCCUCUUUAAAUGCAGCUCCGCCGCUAAGGGGCCCUCAGAGGAGCAGUAAGACAGAGGACAAAGGUUUGUCCUUCUUUAAAACUGCUCUGAGGCCUAAAGAGACCCGGAAACCAAGUGAUAGCGGCAAAGCAGGGGCAGGAGAGGGGAAAGGAAGUCCAGAGGAGAGUGGUGGGAGCGCAUCUAGAGAAGGAGUCCUGCACGGAGCGAGCAAAAAAACAUUGUGCGUGGCCUCGGAGUCCAACACGAGCACAGCCAAAGACAAGGAGUCCUCUAAAGCAUCAGCUUCAGCCAAGCACUCACUGCUGCCCUCCACAAAAUCAAAGCUCUCUGGAGCAGAAACAGCAGCUCAGUCUCCUGCCACUGCAAAAGACCCUUCUAAGAAAGAGCCGGCUAAAAAGGCAUUACAGUCCAGAAAGAUCCCCAUCAACUCCACACAAACUAGCCAGAAAUCCAAGUGAUGUUACUCCGAGGGUCUGAAAAACAAUCUCUCUAAAGUGCAGCUCUGAGGUGUUUUUCUGUUUCUUUUUAACCAUCAAACUAGACACAAAGUGUGUCUGGCAAAACAACUUUGAAGCACCUGUAGCUUUUCAGUGGUCACUGAAUACCAGCUGCCAUAUUGGACACCUCCUGUCCACAUUGUUAAAUAGUUAUUUAGGAAUGGAUUUUAACAGAAGCACUUUGUAUGGAUUGCAUUGAUUUUCAGGCGUAUUAUACUGUGUUGUAAAUAAGCAUGGGCGUGUGUUGAAAUUAUUGCCUUGUUCUGUCUGUAGCAUCGUCGGGAGAAGAGCAGCUCAUAGCGAGAAUAAAAGUCACUUUGCACAAGGUGGAAAGCGGAAAGGAGAAAGGAACUUUUCAAACACGGACUCACUCAGUCACCAAAGGAAGUUUACUGGCAAUUUUUAACUCGCUGAUGCAGCAAAUUAUUUUCAAGAGAAGAUCUUUACGUACAGCUCUCCUCCAGUAUCGAGAGCCAUUAUGUCAACGACAAACAUCAGUGCCUCAGAUAAUCGCAGAGAAGUAUUUAAUCGAAAGUUGUGUAACUGCAGGUGUUGGUAAAUUUGUAACUCGAUUUUAAUAUUUAUCAAUCACUGAAAAUGUCAUUUCAAGUAAAACACAAUAACGCCUGUUUAGUGCGAACCGCUGUUUACAUGUGCUCUUUUUUGACGUAGUAAUUCUGCAACAGCCUUUAAAAAAAACAAAAAAACAAAGUUUUUUCUUCUUUUUUAUCCGACCACAAUCUGACUGUCGCCGAGGCUGAGGAGUGAAGCGUGCGUCGUUGUUGUCUAACGUCUGGAGAUCCUCGGUUAAUAUUUGUGUUUAUUAACCUGUAAUAACCCCUCAAAACCACCCCUGUCCUCCAGCUGCUGACGCCAACACUUAACUGCGGUGCCCAGGUUCCCUCGUGGGGAAUCGAGCCUCUUCAGACUGCCAGACGUCUCCAAACAUUCCUCCCAGACGAACACAGGGUUAAUGUACAAAAAACCGCAUAAACAACGCGCUCAAAGACAGCCUGUCUUCUGUCUUCACAUGCCACAUCACAGCUUAUGCGCAUCUUAGCUUGCAAUACAGAGUAGUACCCCACAGAACGCACUGACUGUAGACCCGAGAAAAAGAGAUCACUAUUCCUGAAGUAUGUGACAGUUGUUGCAUGAUAAAUUGCUUAUGCAUGCACUUAACUAUGCAAGCAGAUUCUUGCAAAUGCCCACACUGAGUAUGUAGAAGUGCUACUCUUGUUGGAUGUGUAUUUAUUUCCAAGUAUAUAUAUAUAUAUAUAUAUAUAUUUUGUUUUUUUUCCAAAUGCCAGCAUCGGAGAGCAUGUAAAGGCAUCUUUAUUAAAGCUUUGUUUGCACAUUUCCUCAGAGUAAUAUAGAUUUCGUAUGAAUGAUAAGUAUUGCUCAUUAACCCUCUCUACGUAAAUCAGCUCACUUGCAAAUGAAGGUUUUCUGUAGUGUAAUCAUUUGUCUCACGUUUCCCCCUCGAAACAAACACUCACAGUUGCACUUUUUUUUUUUAAACAGUUUUCAUGACUUAUGCAGCAAAAACGCUGCCACAGCUUUCGGAUUGUGUUACAGUCUGAUCACCUUUAACUGGUCACUAUUAGCAGAGCUAUACUUGCCCCAGGAUGGGAGUGUUUUAUGAUAGACCCAAUGACAGGCUUGUUGUCUGGUUUUAAAGGGGCAGUUCACCAAAAAUGAAAGCUUCUGUCGUAAAUUUAGUGGUCCGUGUAGUUUCAGAGACAUCUGCUGUAGAAUCUGCCUUCUCUUGAACAAAAUGGAGCUGUGGCCCUCGGUGUGCACAAAAAGCACAGAUUUUAAAAGCUCGGCAGCAAAAAUCUGAUGUAGUGGAAAGAAAGAAGUUCCAGCAUGAAACUGCUUGUGAGUUUUUAUUUUUUAUUUUUUUUAAGUUACCUUGUGACGUACAUUUGGCUGAUUUUGGAGUGAACUCUAUUUCUGUUCAUGCAUUUAGACAGAUCGUGACCACUCAAGACCUGUCUGCAUAACUGUGCUGCUUUUGUCAGAAAUAAACUGAUGUGCAGUAUACACGUAUGCAUCAUCUACAUAUAUACGAUCAAAAGAUGAAAUCUUCUAUAAAAACAGAACAAAAAAACCCCAAACAAAUGCUAAUAUCUUACAGUGAAACAUUGGACUGGAAGGCUUCAUUAACCUAUACAACAGGAACUCUACUUAAGUCAAACCUAUCAAUGAAAGUUUUAAUAAUAAAAUGAUUUACUGAAUGUCACAUUUAAGGGUGAGUGUAUAUCACUAGCCUAAGCAGUCAGGCCACAAACUGCUUCGCGGGCUCCAAGUUUUCAGCACAUGCAGUGCAGAAUAAAUCAAAGAUGCUAUCUUCAGUGCCUGCUGGCUACAGUUUGUUGAUGCUGUGGUAUUAACACCCAACACAUGCAGUAUAUGAACUGAAAAAAAACCCUGACCUAUGUAUG